AUGGUUUACAAUCAGUGUUUUUUUAAAAUAAUUCGAAAAAUAAAAGAAGAUUCUAAAACUUUAGAAGAGAUAAGAGAAUUCAUAUCAAAACUAGACGAAAAAGCAAAAUAUCUUAGAGAGUUUAGGGAAUAUAAUGAAGUAGCGUUUCAGACCGCAGUCGAAUUACUACUUCCCACAAAACAUUGGUGUUCUGAAUUACGUCUCGUAAUAGGUAGUUCAAAAAUAUCAGGCGAAGGUCGCUUUGGCUUUAUCGAUAUUUUCGUUAAUGGAGUAAAUGGAAACGGUUUAAGUUCAAGCAUAAUAUUGGAACUGAAGUGUAUAUCGUUGGUAGGUCUUCUGAGUGGAGAAAAAGGAAGAUGGGUUGAUAAUCCAGAUUAUAAAUCGUUAAUGGAAUUAGAUGCAAAACUUGAAAAAGAAGCCGAAAAUGAAUUAUUAAAUAGAAAGUACUUUUAUUGGUGUAAAGAGAAAAAGAAAUGUAAACAAGUAAACGUAAAAAAAAUAAUCAGUGGUGGGUGA